AUGUCCUACCAAUCUCACGCUGCGUCGUUUUCAAUUGCGUCACUGGCGCUAGCCGUGGGGUAUGUGUACAUUACUGCAUGCACCAAUCUCGUCUCCAAGACAGUCUGUUUCGCUAUCGAACUGCUACUAGCAGUACCAAUUUACCGGCUAACAUUCCAUCCCCUGGCAAACUACCCUGGACCGUGGUUUGCGGCCGUGACAGACUUGUACAGCGUCUACCACUGCCUCGCGGGCGACCGACACCUGGACUUCCUGCGUCUACAUGAAAAAUACGGCCCCGUCGUUCGAUUUGGACCGAAUCGCUUAUCAUUCUGUAGUGAUCAGGCUGUCUCGGAUAUCUACGGAGUGCGCGCCAACACGCAGAAGUCUCAGGUCUACAGCGCCUUCAAGCACUUUUUCGCGGUCCCGGCCAGUUUGACCACCAUCGACCGCAAGAUUCACUCGUAUAAACGACGAGUAACCAGUCGUGCGCUGAGCACCUCCGCCGUCAGAGGUCUCGAAGAACUGAUUCUGCAAAACGUGCGACGCUUCUUCACCCUCCUCCCUUCCUCCUCAGACCAGCCGCAAUCAUGGUCCAACCAAACCGUCGACCUCAGUAAAUCCAUUCAAUACCUCCUCUCCGACAUCAUGGGCGACGUCACCUUCUCCAAGAACUGGAACACGCAGUCCAGCCCGGCCAACCGUCCUCUCCUGGACCUUAUGACGCUCGGCACCUGCGGUAUCAAUCUCGCCGGCCACGUGCCAGCCCUGCUGAAGCUGAAUCUCGACAAGAUCUGCUUCCCCUCGCUCACGCGCGGCGUCGCUGACUUCUUCCGCCUCUCUGAAGCGCAGUCCUCAUGGCGCAUCUCUGUCGACCCGGCCUCCCUACCCCAUCGCGACCUCUUCGCUGCCCUCAUCGACGCCCGCGACCCCGACACUGGCCGCGGCUACUCCCAGCCCGACCUCGUCGCCGAAGCGGGCAUUCUCAUCGUCGCCGGCUCCGACACCACAGCGACAGCCACAACAUCGACGCUCUUCUACCUCCUCCAUCACCCAGAAGCAUACGCCCGCGCCCGCGACGAAAUCGACCGUGCCUUCCCCUCCGAAACGGACGAAACAACCGCAGAUGUCGAAACCAUCCGAAUGGGCCCUUCCCUUGACAGCUGCGCCUUCCUUUACGCAUGCGUCCACGAAUCCAUGCGUCUUUCUCCCCCCGUCGGAGCCGUCUUACCUCGAGAAGUGCUUCCGGGGGGCCUGAUCGUGCGCACCACUGACACGGAACACGUCGUCCCGGCUGGCACGGACGUCGCGGUUCCUAUCUACGCUCUCCAUCGCCAGGAAGCGUACUGGUCUGAUCCGCACGCCUUUCGGCCUGAGAGAUGGCUUGAUAUGCAACAGGCGACGGGUAAGGGAACCUCCUCCCCUCCUUCCGGGGGUGGUGCACAUGCGAACGCAUACAUGCCUUUCGGUGCUGGUCGGACUAGCUGCGUGGGUCAGGGCUUGGCGUAUCAAGAAUUGGGUCUGAUAUUGGCGCGAUUGCUGCGCGCGUAUGACAUUCGUUUGGCGCCGGGGGUGCAUGCGGGUGAAGGAGGGCGUUGGUGGGAGGGGGGUCUGCGAUGGGGGAGGCAUAGGGAGAACGAUUUUCAGACGAAAGAUGUGUUUACGAGUACGCAUGAUGGACCGGUGGUGCAGUUGAGAAGGAGGGUUUUGGGAGGGCAGGGGGGGUUGACCGAGUAG